GGGGCAAAACCUUGUAUAUAUAUAAAUAUUUUAUUGUCACAAAACUUAUUGUUACUUUCAUGUUUUUCUUAGAAGAUUAGGUAUUGGCUAGUGGCUUUGCCUACAUAUUUAAUCCCCUUUAAAAUACGAGCUAUCAUCCUUAUGAGGUUGCAAUACGAUUUUUAGACGAUCCUUUUAACAACGUUAAGACAAAGCCCUUUCAAUAAAAUAAUAUUUUGAAAAUCAUGCUUUAAUUGUAGGAGUAAUAGCGCAACAAACAUAUAAUCGAAUUGAGAAGUUCCUCCUUUUCCAAAUAGCUAAAAGGCCUUGUGACAUUAGUCAUUACCUACCUGCUAAUGAAAUUUCUGUCAAAACCGGUCCAGGAAUUCUAAGGAUUAGCUGGAACGAAAAGACGAACGGAGAGACAAAUAAUUAAAAAAAAAAUAAGGAGGAAUCGUAUAUUCUUCGACAUGCGUUCAGUGAAAAGUGUAUAAUUUGAAAUUACAAACAAUCGCUUUAAUAACUGUCUAUUGAUAGACAAUUGUACCUCUAAUUUCAGGAAAAUAAAAAUAUCAAAUUCCUUAAUCCUAAGACGCCCUGAAUGUUCCAGAUUUAUGGAUACAUGAAGUUUUCUUAAAAUAGAGUAAUUUAAUAUCGGCAAAGCAUAGCUUCUGUAAAUAUAAGACAAUAGUUAUAUAAAAUGUAGUGUAGAGAGGCUCGAUAAGCACUAGAACAAACAGUCUUCUAUCACCGCAGACAAUUCAUUUGUAACUCAAAUGGUAAUGUCCUUUUGUAACAAAACACACUUACGAUGAUAUUAACCAUCUCCUCCGAGCGACGCGGCCGUGUUUUAUAUCAGAGGUAUAGCCGUCUUAGUUAGUGGAUUUUUUAUUUUGACCAAUAUUAAAAUGAAUUUGUAAAUUUAUUAAAAUCUAAUUUAGUUAUACUUCUGUGUAUCGGAGUGUUCCGUUAUGGUCGACCACAGCGAAGUAGAUAUCCUUCCAGUGGGGGGAGGCCAUGGGAGCGCCAGAAGCAAACGCGCUGGCGAGUGGUGUCGCGUGUGGUCGGUGUCGGCGGCCGAGUUGUGCGGCACCUCGCUGCUUGUUCUCUUGUCAUGUCUGCCCGCGGCGGCCGACCCCCAGCCGGGCCUGCUGCAGCGCUCUCUGUCGGCGGGCCUGGUGGUGGCUCUUAUAGUGCAGUGUUUCGACCACGUGUCCGGAGCUCAUCUCAACCCGACCGUGACCGUGGCGGCCGCCCUGUCCGGACGAACGCCCUUGCCCGUGGCAGCCGCUAUGUGUGCUUCUCAGCUGGCGGGCUCCGCGUUGGGGGCAGUCGCCGCUCGCCUUCUCUCCUCGCGGGACAUCAUCACUGUUUGCAUCACGACGCCCGCUUCUCAUAUCAGUGUAUAUCAGGCGGUGGUGAUAGAGAUGUUGCUGGGUUGUUGCCUGGCGCUGGCUAACUUGUCUUCGUGGGAUGUACGGAAUCAAUACCUCAUCGACUCUUGGCCACUCCGCAUCGGCUUCACCGUCUCAUCGCUCUCCCUCGUAGCAGGCGACCUGACCGGUGCGAGUAUGAACCCCGUACGCAGCUUCGCCCCCGCCCUUUGCAGUGGAAACUGGACCGCACACUGGGUGUACUGGGUGGGUCCCCUGAGCGGCUCUUGCUUGGCUGUGGCGCUGUACGCGGCCCUGUGGCGGGACACCGCCGCCGCCCCGCGCCGGACCGCACCCUCCUCUACAUGCACCUACACACACCAACAGAACAAGACGUAGCCCGAGCGAUGAGGUGUCAUCGACGAGCCGCCAAUAACUUAAUAAAGCAUAGUACUUUAUAGAUUG